AUGCCGCAGGAUAUGCCGCCUGUUGGGGGGUAUGGGGCUGUGCAGUACAAGCGCAACCUCCCCGCCCACGGCCUUUUCCGUCCCCGUAACCUUAUCCUCGCCUCGGCAGGCCUGAUGGUCUACGGCUGGUACCAGCUUGUUGUGGGUGUCAGAGAGAUGAAUGAAAUGGCCCGCGAAAAGAUGUGGGCGCGCAUCCACCUCAUCCCUAUGCUCCAGGCCGAGUGCGACCGCGACCUUGUCCGCAGACACCUGGCUGACCAGGCGAGGGAGAAGGAGCUGUUGGGGGAGAACUUUAAGGUUUACAACUCUGAUAGAUACGUCCGGCCUACCUUUGCGGCUGUGCCUCAGCAUGUUACGAAAUAG